AUGUAUUUAGCUUACAUUUUGUUAAUAAUUUACACAACUGGUGUUGUUAAUAGUGGUCAAAAUAAAUUACAAUGCAAGGACGAAGCUGGCAAUGAUGGUCUAGCAUAUCUUUACAUAACUAGUGAUACAGUUGCUAAUGGAUGGCAAUUAUCGAAAAAAGAAAUCGGAUCCAAGGAUUCGGUGCCAGGAAAAACUCUAUCUUCAUUGUACAAAGAUGACUUGGCGACAGAUAUAUUAUGGAUUUUAUACAAUGAUCAAGCACCGAAUAAAAAUCAAAGUAGCGUUAGAUACGGACAUACCAAAGGUGUGUUGAUGACUGAUAACACUCGCGGCUUUUGGCUGAUUCACAGUAUGAACGCUGUUGGUCUACAGUUAAUGUAUAAUCAGAUAAUGACAUAUCGGUACAAUUUACCCGAAGUAAUGGUUAACGAAUACCCGAGCCUCGUUAAUGCAUCCAAACAUGUGAGGCCGAAAAAGGCCCCUUACUUUCAUAAAGAAGAAAUAUUAUACGAUGACUUGAUAGCACCAGAGUUAAAAUCGGAUUUAUUAGCAGAGACAUGGCUGAAUGGACGCGGAAAACUACCUUCUGAAUGCAGUGGAUCCAAGGUACAGAACGUCCAAUCGAUAGUAUUAAAUGCAGCGAAUGUAGACUUCAAAAGCUCACGGGAUCAUUCCAAAUGGGCUGUAACGCAGACCAACAAAAAGAAUCGUAAUUGGGUUUGCAUUGGUGACAUCAAUAGAGCGAACACUCAAUUCAAUCGAGGCGGUGGUGCGGUUUGCGUUAAUUUGCCGCAGCUGUGGACUAAUUAUCGCGGCAGUGUUAACGAGGUAGAGCCGUGCCCGAAAAAGAAAAAAGGAUUUUUUGGUGGAGUUAAAGACUUUAUUUUUUCAUGGUUCAGUUGA